GUAUUGUCACCACCCCUUGAGGUUUUGGUAGGUUUGCUGCUCCAUGCGUUUAGAUCAGAGCAAUGACUGUAUAUGAAUAGGUCAGAGGGAGUUUACAGCGAUAGGGCGGAACUGGCUGAAUUGGAAGAGGACGGGAGAGAAUCCCAACAUAAACACAGUGAAAUAUUGAACAUAUUUCUACUCUCACUCAAAGAAAAGGCCUCUCCACUCUUCCGACGGUAUCAAGGGUGCGGUCGCUUUCAGUUUGGGUGUUUUCGUGGUGUUCCCUGAGCUUCCCUCACAUUUCCCCGCCGUAUUUUUCACGGAGGGAGGUGGUGGAACGCACGGCCGCCAUCUUUGGGAUCUGCCUGUAGUACGGGAAUCGGGAAUCUGGGCCUCAGUUAGUCCAAGGGUGGAGAUUUUAGACAACUCUACACAGCCAAUCUAAAGCAACAAAUCGGUUGACAACUUUGAAAAACAUCAGAAAUCAGUGCAAGGAAAAUAUAAUACAGGAAAAACCAAAUCCAGUACUCUUCCUGUCCAAAAUUGGUUGAACCACACGACAUUAUCUGCUCCGCUCAAACCAUCCAGGCCUGUCGGAAGGGUGUGUACACAUAUGAGGCCGCUGUCCUGCAGAUGAGCUGUCGGUGGGGGCUGUCGCGUCGCUGUCGCAUAUCCAGAUAAUCCCUGGCCGCGGCGGUGGCAGCACUGGCACGUCCCCCCCUUAGCAUGCCCAACACCAGUCGGGCGGGGAGCCUGAAGGACCCCGACGUUGCUGAGCUCUUCUUCAAGGAGGACCCUGAGAAACUCUUCUCAGACCUGCGAGAGAUUGGACAUGGCAGCUUCGGUGCCGUCUAUUUUGCACGAGAUGUGCGGACCACUGAGGUGGUGGCCAUCAAGAAGAUGUCUUACAGUGGAAAACAAUCCAACGAGAAAUGGCAAGACAUAAUCAAGGAGGUGAAGUUUCUGCAGAGAAUACAGCACCCAAACAGCAUAGAGUAUAAAGGAUGCUAUCUGCGAGAGCACACUGCCUGGCUGGUGAUGGAGUACUGUCUAGGCUCUGCCUCCGAUGUCCUGGAAGUUCACAAGAAACCCCUACAAGAAAUGGAAAUAGCAGCGAUUACCCACGGUGCUCUACAGGGGCUAGCUUACCUUCAUUCCCACAACCUGAUUCACCGAGAUAUCAAGGCAGGGAACGUCUUGCUGACAGAGCCUGGCCAGGUGAAACUUGCAGAUUUUGGUUCUGCCUCCAUUGUCUCGCCAGCCAACUCUUUUGUGGGGACGCCAUAUUGGAUGGCCCCAGAGGUAAUCCUGGCUAUGGACGAAGGUCAGUACGAUGGGAAGAUCGACAUCUGGUCUCUGGGAAUAACCUGCAUUGAAUUAGCUGAGAGAAAACCUCCACUGUUCAAUAUGAAUGCGAUGAGUGCCUUAUAUCACAUAGCGCAGAAUGAAAGCCCCACACUGCAGUCAAGUGAAUGGACGGAUUACUUCCGAAACUUUGUAGAUUCUUGCCUUCAGAAAUUCCCCCAAGACAGGCCCAACUCGGAGGUACUGUUAAAGCAUGCGUUUGUGCAGCGGGAGCGGCCYGACUCUGUCCUGAUGGACCUGAUCCUGAGGACCAAGGUUGCGGUGCGGGAGCUGGACAACCUGCAGUACCGCAAGAUGAAGAAGAUCCUCUUCCAGGAGGCUCACAACGGCCCUGCAGCCGAGGCACAGGACGGAGAUGAGGAGGAACCGGAGCAGAGUGGCAGGACAGGCACAGUGAGCAGCGUUGGCAGUAACCAGUCUAUCCCCAGUAUGUCGAUCAGCGCCAGCUCCCAGAGCAGCUCUGUCAACAGCCUGACCGACGCCGGAGAUGACAAGAGCGAACUGGACAUGAUGGAGGGAGACCACACAGUCAUGUCCAACAGCUCCGUCAUUCACCUCAAACCGGAGGAGGAGACGACUUAUCGUGAAGAGUCGGAACCUAACAGCCGGCCGCUCACUGAGCCCCAGUCUCCCUCUGCACACACUCCACGGCCAAAACACCACCGCAACCGCGAGCACUUUGCCACAAUACGCACAGCCUCCCUGGUGACCCGUCAGAUGAAGGAGCACGAGCAGGACAGUGAGCUGAGAGAGCAGAUGUCAGGGUAUAAGAGGAUGAGGAGGCAGCACCAGAAGCAGCUGAUGGCCCUGGAGAACAAGGUGAAGGCUGAGAUGGACGAACACCGGCUCCGUCUGGACAAAGAGCUGGAGAACCAGAGGAACAGCUUUGCCCAGGAGAUGGAGAAACUCAUUAAGAAGCACCAGGCCGCCAUGGAGAAAGAUGCAAAGACCUUUACUAAUGAUGAGAAGAAGUUCCAGCAGCAUAUCCAGAGCCAGCAGAAGAAAGAGCUCAACAGCUUCCUAGAAUCCCAGAAACGAGAGUACAAACUCCGCAAGGAGCAGCUCAAAGAGGAGUUGAAUGAGAACCAGUCGACCCCUAAGAAGGAGAAGCAAGAGUGGCUGUCCAAGCAGAAGGAGAACUUCCAGCACUUCCAGGCUGAGGAGGAGGCCAACCUGCUGAGGAGACAGAGACACUACCUGGAGCUGGAGUGUCGACGCUUCAAGAGGAGGAUCCUUAUCGCUCGCCACAACGUGGAGCAGGACCUAGUGAGAGAGGAGCUGAAUAAGCGUCAGACGCAGAAGGACCUGGAGCAUGCCAUGCUGCUGCGGCACCAUGAGUCCAUGCAGGAGCUGGAGUUCCGCCAGGUCAACRCCAUCCAGAAGAUGAGGGCUGAGCUGAUCCGCCUGCAGCACCAGACAGAACUCACCAACCAGCAGGAGUACAACAAGAGGAGGGAGAGAGAGCUCCGACGCAAACACGUCAUGGAGGUCCGACAGCAGCCCAAGAGCCUCAAGUCCAAAGAGCUCCAGAUUAAGAAACAGUUCCAAGACACAUGUAAGAUCCAGACCAGACAGUACAAGGCCUUGAGAAACCACCUACUGGAGAGCACACCAAAGUCUGACCACAAGGCUGUCCUGAAGCGUCUAAAGGAGGAGCAGACCCGCAAGCUGGCCAUCCUUGCUGAGCAGUACGACCACUCUAUCAACGAGAUGCUCUCCACACAGGCU